AGGUGGGUCCCAGCCAUGGCUGCUGCGAACCCUUGGGAUCCCGCGUCCGCGCCAAGUGCUGCCGGGCUGCUGCUGGGCCAUUUCGUAGCUUCGGGGAUGGUCACUCAGGAGAUGUUAAAUAUAUCCAAGAAAUCAGCAUCUUACUUUGCGAACUUCUCCAGACUACAGCAGAUCACAAAUAUUCAAGCUGAAAUCUACCAGAAAAACCUGGAAAUUGAACUUUUAAGACUAGAAAAAGAUGCAGCAGAUGUUGUUCAUCCUUCCUUUUUGGCUCAGAAAUGUCAUACUCUGCAAAGCAUGAAUAAUCAUUUGGAAGCAGUGCUAAAAGAGAAGAGGUCCCUCAGGCAAAGACUGUUGAAACCCAUGUGCCAGGAAAACUUGCCUAUUGAAGCUGUUUAUCACAGCUACAUGGUACGUUUGCUGGAAUUGGCAGUAACUUUCAUUGAAAGAUUAGAAAACCAUCUUGAAACAAUUAAAAAUAUCCCUCAUUUAGAUGAAAAUCUAAAGAAAAUGAGCAUGGCAUUAGCAAAAAUGGAUAUGUUGGUGACUGAAACAGAAGAACUGGCAGAGAAUAUACUCAAAUGGCGAGAACAACAAAAGGAAGUUUCCUCUUGUAUCCCCAAAAUACUAGCAGAAGAAAAUUAUCUUCAUAAACAUGAUGUUACAAUGCCUUCUGUACCUUUUACUUCUAAAGUUCAUGUCCAAACUGUUAAUGUCAAGUGAUUGUCAACUGUUUAUUUUUGCGUAAUUAUAUGUAGUCAUGUGAAGUCUAUUUCUAGCCAGUUGUA